AUGCUUGAUGAAGUUGAACAGUUGGAUAUAUCAGAAAUAACAAGAGUGAUCUCUGCUGAAAUUGUAGGAGAAUUCUAUGAUCAAAAAUUUAAAGAAAAACUUCUAUUACUAUUGAUGCCAACUCUUCAAUCUUUGAAUGUCAAUAAAAAAAAUAGUAAAGAAGUUGAAGAAGAACUUUCUAGUAGCCUUCUUGUUAAAACUAGUCUGAAAAUAGUAGAAAUUGAUUUUAAAGUAGAUCCUUCUAGUAGUCUUCUCGUUAGAAUGACAUUGAAAAUAAUGAAGAUUAAUCCUAGUAAAUUGAAUGAAAAAUUAUAUAAUAUCACAUCAGAAAAAGUAACAGAUAUAGGUGAAAAAAUGUGA